UUACCGCGCGUGCCCGAUAAACGCAGCGGCGCGCAGGUUUGGGAUGCGCGCUUGAGCUGGAAAAACACAUUUUCCACCUGAAUGAGCUCAUCAAUCCUCAUUUCAGACGAAACCUCGUUUAAUAGGUUUAUUAGGUUCUAAUAAAGAGCCAUAUAUCCGAUUCUGAAGAUGCCGAGUAAUAAGCUUGAUAAACCAGAGAAGGUGGAGGUGAGUGAUAACGUGAAGGUGGUGGUGAGAUGUCGACCCCUCAACGAGAAAGAGAGGAUGACGGGACACAAGCAGGCCGUCGCUGUGGACGAGAUCCGGGGAACGAUUACUGUGAACAAACUUGAUAUGAGCAGUGAUCCGCCAAAGACGUUCACCUUCGACACAGUGUUCGGUCCAGACAGCAAACAGCUGGAUGUGUAUAAUUUAACAGCUCGACCCAUUAUUGACUCGGUAUUAGAGGGCUACAAUGGAACCAUAUUUGCAUACGGACAGACAGGCACGGGGAAGACGUUCACUAUGGAGGGCGUCAGGGCAGUGCCUGAGCUCCGAGGAAUCAUCCCAAAUUCAUUCGCUCAUGUUUUUGGCCACAUUGCAAAAGCUGAAGGAGACACCAGGUUUCUGGUGAGAGUUUCGUAUUUGGAAAUCUACAAUGAGGAGGUGAGAGACCUGUUGGGAAAGGACCAGAUGCAGAGGCUGGAGGUCAAGGAGAGACCUGAUGUAGGAGUUUACAUCAAGGAUCUUUCAGGAUAUGUGGUAAACAAUGCUGAUGAUAUGGACCGGAUUAUGACCCUCGGACACAAAAACCGUUCUGUGGGUGCGACUAAUAUGAACGAGCACAGCUCUCGUUCCCAUGCUAUCUUCACCAUAACUAUCGAGUGCAGUGAGAAGGGUGUAGAUGGAAAUCAACAUGUGCGCAUGGGAAAGCUACACUUGGUGGAUCUUGCGGGCUCUGAAAGACAAGGAAAAACGGGAGCCACUGGUCAGCGUCUUAAAGAGGCUACAAAAAUCAACCUGUCUCUGUCCACGCUGGGAAAUGUUAUCUCUGCACUAGUGGAUGGGAAAAGCACCCACGUGCCCUACAGGAACUCAAAACUCACCCGACUCUUACAGGACUCUCUAGGAGGAAACUCAAAGACCAUGAUGUGUGCAAACAUCGGCCCGGCAGAUUACAAUUACGAUGAAACCAUCAGUACGCUCCGUUAUGCCAACCGUGCCAAAAACAUCAAGAACAAGGCCAGGAUUAAUGAGGACCCCAAGGACGCACUUCUGCGCCAGUUUCAGAAGGAAAUUGAAGAUCUCAAGAGAAAACUGGAGGAAGGUGAGGAGAUCUCUGGCUCUGAUGGCAGUGGAUCAGAUGAUAUGGAUGAAGGAGAACACGAAGGAGGCGAGACACGCAGGAAACGAAGAGGGAGGAAGAAGGUGUCUCCUGACAAGAUGGUGGAGAUGCAAGCUAAGAUCGAUGAGGAACGGAAAGCACUGGAGGCUAAACUAGACAUGGAGGAGGAAGAGAGGAACAAAGCGCGUGCAGAGCUUGAGAAGAGAGAGAAGGACCUUCUCAAAGCCCAACAAGAACAUCAAUUAUUGCUCGAGAAGCUGUCUGCUCUGGAGAAGAGGGUUAUUGUUGGUGGAGUUGAUUUACUGGCUAAAGCUGAGGAGCAGGAGAAGCUUCUAGAAGAAUCCAACAAUGAACUGGAGGAGAGGAGGAAGAGGGCCGAGCAGCUCCGGAGAGAACUAGAAGAAAAGGAGCAAGAGCGCUUGGACAUCGAGGAGAAAUACACCAGUUUACAGGAAGAAGCUCAAGGCAAGACCAAGAAACUGAAGAAAGUGUGGACGAUGUUGAUGGCAGCAAAAUCUGAGAUGGCUGAUCUGCAGCAAGAGCAUCACCGAGAGAUCGAAGGUCUGCUGGAAAACAUCCGGCAGCUGAGCAGAGAGCUGCGGCUACAGAUGCUCAUCAUUGAUAACUUUAUUCCUCAGGAAUAUCAGGAGAUGAUUGAGAACUAUGUGCACUGGAACGAGGACAUUGGAGAAUGGCAGCUGAAAUGUGUGGCCUACACAGGGAACAACAUGAGAAAACAGACACCUGUGCCAGACAAGAAAGAAAAAGAUCCAUUUGAAGUGGACCUGUCCCAUGUUUAUCUGGCCUACACUGAGGAGAGCAUGAGACAGUCCCUAAUGAAACUAGAAAGGCCUCGGACAUCAAAGAGUGCGAAGUCCAGGCCUAAAACUGCUCGUAGGAAACGUUCCUCCAAACAAGAAGCUGCGAUGGAAUCCUUGCUGCAGUGAGCCUUUUGUGAAAUGAAGACCACCAUAUUUUGUGCAUUUUCAAGGCCAGUCCAGUAUAUGUCUUAGGAAAUACUGUUACUUGUGAUGUUAAGGCAUUUUGACAUAAGUGUUGAUGAAAGUAAAUCAUGUGUUAAUAUGCAGGAACUCCAGAGCUGCUCCAACACUGGGUUUAGGUGAGGAUAGUUUGUAAAAUGUCUGUUAACAAUAACACUCCAAAAGGCACAUUUCCCCUUUAACACAAACACUGUUACUGUAUAUUCUGCUUGACACUGAUGGCUUUGCUUGCUUGAAACAAGCAGGUUAUUGAUGCAACACGUGAGAUGAGCUUGACGUGGGAAUAUGCUAUUGAGAAACAAAUCUAAUCUUAAUGUUUUACACGGUUGGCAGCGUGCAAUUGCUUUAGCUCAAUGUACACAAGCUAUGCUACUUAAUUUGUUUUAUAAUGUGAAUGUGAAUGUGCAUGCCAUGUUCCCCUGGCUGUGGUGCCAUUUUACUCUAAUUGCAAUGUAUUUCCACUGUGCAUUGUAGUAGUAAAACCAUUAUUCUUAUGUAUAAAAAUGUUUACAUUUUACUGUUUUUUUUUUUUCCUGUACUCUUUAAAUUAUUAAAUUAUUUUACAAGGAAAAAACCAAAAACAUUUUUUUUUUGUAGUUUCUUUUGUUAUACUAAAUAUUUUUCAAAUUCCAAAAACAACAACCAAAUAAAUCUGUUCAGAAAACAUUUAUUCAUAAAUACAAUAAAUAUAAACGAUAGAAAACAUUUAAUAAAAAAUAAUUUAAUAUUAAAUGUAAUACAAAAAUAUAGUAUUGUGUUCAUAAGCAGUAAUUCUAGAGUCAAUUCACUUGUUUUUUCUCAUCUGGUUGCUUUAAGAGUUUAGAGUAUUGUUCUUUGCAGCAAUUUUUGAUUUCUUCAAGGAAAACAUCCAUUCUGUGUUCUUCUGAAGCUGUAACGUUGCAUUGAAGGUGCUGUGGGAAAACACACAUUCAGCUCUAUUAGAAAAAAUUGAACUUCUUGCAUUAAGCAGUCUAAAAUGAGUCCAUAUAUAUCUACAGUUGUAGGCAAAGCUAAUUUGCUUAAACUUUAAAACUGAUGUGGUUAAACUGAUUAUUAAAAACUAUAUUUUUUCCACUGCAUGUUUCAUAAAUCAGUCAGUCAUUAGUUAAGCUUAGUUAAGUCAAUUGUUUGUUAAUUAGGUUAAGUUUAAUUAAGUCAAUCAUUAGUUAAGCUUACUUAAGCCAAGCUUAAAUCAAGGGUUUGUUAAUUAAGUUGAGAUUAAGUCGGUCAUGAGUUAAGAUAAAUUAAGCCAAGCUUAAAUCAGUCGUUUGAUAAUUAAGUUGAGAUUAAGUCUGUCAUUAGUUAAGCUUGGUUAAGUCAAGCUUGGUUAAGUCAGUCGUUUGUUAAUUAGGUUAAGCUUAAUUAAGUCGGUCAUGAGUUAAACUAAGUUAAGCCAAGCUUAAAUCAGUGGUUUGUUAAUUAAGUUGAGGUUAAGUCUGUCAUUAGUUAAGCUUAGUUAAGUCAAGCUUUUGUCAGUCGUUAGGCUAACCUAAGUUGUUUGUUAAUUAAUGCCCGAUUUCACAGACGGGGCUUAAACUAAACCAGGAUUAGAUCAUAGUUAAAUUAGGACAUUUAAGCAAUUUUAUGAAUGUGCUUGGAAAAAAAAAACCAUUACUACUGUGCAUCUUGAGACAAAACAAAGGCACCAAUAUAUUUUAAGAUCAAUCAGUGCAAGUUUCUAUCAUUAGAAACAGCCCAGAUUUACAUUAUAGUCUAAGAUUUGACUUAAGCCUUGUCUGUGAAACCAGGGGGUAAGUUAGCUUAAGUCAGUCAUCAGUUAAGUCAAGUUAUGUUAACUUUAGUUAAGUCAGUCGUUAAGUUAGGCUUAGUCAAGUAAGUCUUUAGUUAAAUCAGUCAUUAGUUAAGUUAAGCUUAGUUAAGUCAGCUACUAAUUGUGGCAAAAAGAACCAAUUUGCGCUCAUAGCACUGGUUCGUGCACAGAAUGAUACUCUAAUAAUAUAGACACUAUAGUAAUCAUGUUGUUUAUCAUCUAAUUCAACAAAUGAAUAUUGUGUGAUGACUUACCCCUGAAUAAUUAGCAUAGGCAAACAGUCGUCUGUGUAGCAUGCUGUAGCUUAGCUCUGUGUUCAUCAUGACCAUUGCUGCUUGGCAAAUGUGUUCCUCCUGUAUAAUCAUAUGUAAUUAAUGAUAAUGAAGUCAAGUAUCAGGAAAGUAUGUUCUCAAAUACUGUGAAAAUUCAACUUACCGAGCAGCCCACUGGAGGAAAUACAUCUCUUACAAAUUGGUUGAGAUUCUGUGAAAGAAAGUUCGAAGGUUGUUAGACUUAAGUCUUUGCGAAUAAACCAGAUGAAAUGA